AUGUCCGACUCCCGACUCAGGGAGAAGCCGCGCGCUUGCUCCAACUGCUCCCGGGCCAAGGCCAAAUGCGCCCCCGUCGACAAUGACGCCGACAUCUGCCACCGCUGUCUCAAGAAUAACCUGACGUGUUCCAAGUCAGGUCCCGUGUCGACAAAGCGCCGGGGCAGAGCGACGCAUGCAAAGGUGUUGGAGAGGAAGUUGGACGAUAUCAUGGCUCUUUUGACGCGGGAGCAAGAGCAUACACCUCACUCGGACCGGCCAAUUGGACGCACUACAUUCCCCAGCGAUGCUGCUCCAACGACCAUACCAAGCCCAAGACAAGCUUCAUACCAAGACCCAGAAACCCGUUCGAUUUCCAUCGUUCCCGGAUUCGAAGUUUCCUUCUCCGAGGCGGACCAAGUUCUUGAAGAAUACAUGACCACCAUGCUUCCGGAAUUCCCAUUUGUUCCACUGUCUUCCACAAAUUCCUCCGACAUGCUGAAAGAUCAACCGCUGCUCCUCAAGACUAUUCUAUGGGUUUGCCGGCCCCCGCCACCUGAGCCUUCAGCUGCCUUUGAACGCUGGUUUCGACAACACAUUGCACACCACACAGUUGUUCUAAUGAACAAAAGCCUCGAGCUUGUUCAAGCUAUCCUUGUCUUUCUUGCCUGGAACGAUAUCUAUUUCUACGCCGCAGCAAAAGACACAGCUCUGGUGCAAUUGGCAAUCUGUUUGAUCGAUGAUUUGAGACUGGCUCGGCCUCGACGGAGAGAAGGUUCGGCUUUUGAGUCGAUAGUCGAGGAUGCCGCGCAGAUGCAGAACAAGCUGCCCCAGGAGCCAAAACAAACCCGGGCCGAAUGUCGAACCUUGAUGGGAGUCUAUUAUACGGCGUCUACACUAUGCAGCCUCCUUGGUAAACGAUACCGGUUAGAGUACACGGCACACUUCGACGACUGUUGUAAACAGCUGCAGAGUGAGCAAGAAUAUCCAACUGAUCCAUUGCUGGUGAGUCUAGUCGGCAUACGAAGAAUCGCAAUGAAGGUGAACAACUCCUUCUGGGAGAUGAUUGGCAACACCAACAACCAACCGUCUGGGGGCGUGUACUCUAUCGCCGUGGCCGCUAUUCGGAACGAGCUGGACGCCUUCAUGAAUCAACUGCCACCAAGCCUGAAGUGGAAUCACCUUCUACGGACACACUGCGCAUCAAUCCGCAUCCGCCUCUUCGAACCCUUCAAAUUCGGCGUCGGCGAUAAGUGCGAAACCCAAGGAUCGACCCAUCUCCGCUCCCAAACAAUCUGGAAUUGCCUACAGAGCACCCACGAACUCUACGACGCAUUCCGCCUCGUCCCCGUCGAGUCCUUCCCCUCCCUCACCGUGAUCUCAAUCCUCCACAUCGCCCUCGCCAUCAUCAAAGCCUCCCGCCUGCUCUGUGUCGAGGACCCAGCGUGGGACCUGAACACCGCACGCACGAUGUAUAACCUCCCCGGCAUCCUGCAGCAGCUGAGCAAAGUUUUCGAGGAUGCGAGCAGAGGCGGGAGUCCGAGGAGUAGAAUGAUUGUUCGCGGGCUCCCGAUAUUCUCUGAGUAUGCGGAGGCUUAUCGCGGCAUUGAGCGCUUGUAUCUUGAAAGGCUCAAUGCGAAUGUUGUUCUUUCGAACCCGGCUCUCAUGGUCCCGAUCAGUGCUGGUGGGGACAAUGGGGUUGGUGUUGAUUUCUGGAAUCAGCUUUCGGAUUUGACGGAUGGGCUGUUUCCUUGA